AUGACCAGAACCGUACACCCCAAUCAACAAAAGCUCAUUGACCGUGCGCGAGAAUUCUUCGCCGAGGUCGAGGAUCUCACGCCCGGCCGCGAGCUCGAACUCCAACUCAACGCUACCCACGGCCCCGGCACACCCUACUACGAGGACUUCAGCACCCUCGUCCGCAACGCCCUGCUCAACAACGAGGGCUGGGUUGCCACGGACGAAGUCUCCGGCCCGCACUACCGACGCAGCCGCGUCGCCGACCCCAGCGCCGAAACUCGGUAUUUCAGCAUCACGACCGUGUACAUGGAGAGCCAGGAGGAGUUCAAGGGGCAGUAUCAUCUCCAUCCCUAUGGAGAGAUCAAUUGCGUUGUGCAGAUUGACGAGACGGCCGAGUUGAAGGGUAUGUCUGGGUGGCAGGGGGCCGGGUGGACGUCGCCGGGUCCGGGGACGCAUCAUUAUCCAGAGGUUAGAGGGGGGAGGCUUGUGGCUUUGUUUUUCCUGCCGGCAGGGAGGAUCUCGUAUAAGGCGAGGCCGGGGGAUAAGCAGCCUAUCUGUAUUUGA